UUGUGUCGGGAUAUUUUUGAGGUGAAGACAGGAGGUGUUAUAUUUUGUUUUGUGCAAUUUUUGAGAUUGAGAAUCAAUCUUGAUGAUGAUGGAAUCUUUGAGUUCAUCUUCUGCAACAACAACAACUCUACCUUCUUUCUCUAUCUUCCCUUCUUCUUCAACAAGAACAUCAUCAUCAUCAUCUCUUUCUUCCAAGAAAACCUUCCACUUUCGUCUACCUUCCUCCAAGCGUGACGAUGGUAACAACGAUUCAGAAUCGCAAUCUAAAUCAUCAAACCAAAUCAACUUCAACCUUUCUCCAGUUCCCACUAAUCGCUGUUUCUCCAUUUCGCCUCUUUCCAAUGAUGCGGCGAUGGGGUUGGUGUUGAGUGCAGCAACAGGUAGAGGAUGGACAACAGGUUCUGGAAUGGAAGGUCCCCCUGUUCCUGCUGUUGGCAAGGAUGGCCAAUCUGGGACUGAGAAUAUUUCCACUUUCCCAUGGUCACUCUUCACUAAAUCUCCCAGGCGAAGGAUGCUCAUCGCUUUUACUUGUACCAUCUGUGGCCAGCGAACUACUCGCGCUAUUAAUCCUCAUGCUUACACUGAUGGCACUGUUUUUGUUCAGUGUUGUGAAUGCAAUGCGUAUCAUAAGCUUGUGGAUCACUUGAACUUAUUUCAGGAGACAAAUUGCUAUCUGAAUUCAAGUUUUAAGUAUAAAGGUCCUGGAUGGGAUGAUCUUAAGCUCAGGUUCAUGGACAUAGAUAGUGACGACGACGACGAUGUAUUCCCCGUUACAUGAGUGAAUUGCCAGCUUAUGGAGCACAUAUUUUCUGCCUCUGAUCAUAUAAGGAAUUUUAGAUUAGCUGUCUUGUAUAUUGUUUAUGUUUUUCAUGCUUAAUAGUAAAAUGUCAGGGGUUUGCUUUGUAUAGUAAUAAAUAAAAUAAUAUAUUAAUAUGUCAUGUGCAUGUAGCUUCACAACUGAUCUGUACGAUAAUCAAUUUGAUAAUAUACACAAUACAUUACAUAACUA